AUGCAGUAUAUCUUUAAAAUGAAGAAGUGGGUCUUAUAUUUUUACUCCGUAGUGCUAGCAUCAACUUUAACAGAAGCUAUUAAUGAUGAAGAUAAUGGCCAAUAUCAUCCAGAUGAUGAAGGAAGAUAUAUUCCAGACGAUUCUGGCAAAUAUGUACCUGAUUAUAGUGGUGUAUACCACGAUGAUGGUAGUGGUAGGUACCAAGGAGACGAUAGUGGAAAAUAUGCACACUUAGAUGACAAAUAUCGUCAUCAAAGGGAUAAACAAUUUCCUUAUAACCCACAAAACAAGUUUAAAUUUCCACAAAUUAUAAGAUCACAAAAAUUACUUAGUGAGAAAUCCUUAAAUGGUAAUUUUGCUUCUGCAAGUACGGCAAAAACUCACUAUGUUCAACCAAAAUCUAAUUCCAUAAAUACAUCUCCCGUUAAAUUGGGAACAUAUGAUGACAAUCGCUGGAAAAUUAUUAAGUUGGCUAAUGACGUGAAAGAUGAUGGAUUUCACUGGGAGUAAGUAUUCUACAGCUUAGGGAAAAUGCUUUCUAAAAGAGCUAGAUUUCUUAAAGAUCUAUAGAUGGCGCACUAACAUAGGUUAAUUCAAUUAUCAUUAAAAUGAUUGUCUUUGUAGUGAUAACAUUGUAAACAUUUAUUUAGUGCAAUGUAUUUCUAC